GCGGCGGUGUCUCGGCGUGCGGCGCGCACACAAACACCCGCUACAUCUGGAGUUUGCGGGUCGGUAAACUGAAGCCCACCUCGGCGGAGGUCAGGACGCGGGUCGAGCCGUUUGGCGGACGGGUCUCUCGGUAUGAGCGUGGCGCGGAGGCCGCGGACGGUUAUCUGAUAAGAAGUGAUUCCGGUUCAGGAGGUUUGAACCGCUCGGAGAGUCUCCAUUGUUGUAAUCAGGUCGAGGCUGUGAUCAGCAGCACUUUUUUUUUUUUUUUUUUUUUUUUUUUAAACUCACAGCAGGAGACGAACAGCUCGGGCUUUUUCUUAGUGUCAUGAAAGAAAUGUCGAGCAACAUGCCUGGUGGGCAGCAGCCGCAGAAACACUAUGGCAUCACCUCUGCCAUCAGCCUCGCCCCCCCAAGAGACAUAGACCACCAGUACACCCAGAAGCUCUGCGACGCCAUGAAACCUUUUGGAGUUUUUGAGGAUGAGGAAGAACUGAACCACAGACUUGCAGUUCUUGGGAAGCUAAAUAACUUUGUGAAAGAAUGGAUCGCAGAGAUCAGUGAAUUAAAGAACCUUCCACCGUCGGCCAUCAGCUGCGUCGGGGGAAAGAUAUUCACGUUUGGUUCCUACAGACUCGGCGUGCACACAAAAGGAGCCGAUAUCGAUGCCUUGUGUGUGGCUCCUCGCCACGUAGAGAGGACCGACUUUUUCCAGUCUUUCUUUGAGAAAUUGAAACAACAUGAAGAGAUUAAAGAUCUCAGGGCUGUUGAAGAUGCUUUUGUACCUGUCAUAAAAUUCAAAUUUGAUGGAAUUGAGAUCGACCUGCUUUUUGCCAGACUGGCCUUACAGUCCAUUCCAGACAACCUGGACCUGAGGGGAGACUCCAUCCUGAGGAACUUGGACAUCCGGUGUAUCCGCAGCCUUAACGGUUGUCGAGUGACGGAUGAGAUUUUGUACCUGGUGCCAAACAAAGAAAACUUCAGGCUGACGCUGAGAGCCAUCAAGCUGUGGGCCAAGCGUCGAGGGAUCUACUCCAACAUGCUGGGCUUCCUGGGUGGAGUCUCGUGGGCCAUGCUGGUGGCCCGGACCUGCCAGCUCUACCCCAACGCCGUCGCCGCCACGCUCGUUCAUAAGUUCUUCUUGGUCUUCUCCAAAUGGGAGUGGCCGAAUCCGGUGCUAUUGAAACAGCCUGAGGAGAGUAAUCUGAAUUUACCAGUGUGGGACCCCAGAGUGAACCCGUCUGACAGAUACCACCUGAUGCCCAUCAUCACGCCCGCCUACCCCCAGCAGAACUCCACCUACAACGUCUCCACGUCGACCCGCACCAUCAUGAGCGAGGAGUUCAAAUAUGGCCUCAGCGUCACCGACGAGAUCCUUCAAGGCAAAGCCGAGUGGUCCAAACUGUUCGAGCCCCCCAGCUUCUUCCAAAAGUACAAGCAUUACAUCGUCCUGACUGCCAGUGCAUCUACAGAGGAGAACCACUUAGAAUGGAUCGGCCUGGUGGAGUCCAAGAUCCGCGUCCUGGUGGGAAACCUGGAGAGAAACGAGUACAUCACGCUGGCUCACGUGAACCCUCAGUCCUUCCCCGGGUCCAAAGAAAACCGCAACGAAAACGACUUUGUGUCCAUGUGGUUCAUCGGCAUCAUCUUCAAGAAGGUGGAGAACGCGGAGAGCGUCAACAUCGACCUGACGUACGACAUCCAGUCCUUCACGGACACCGUGUACCGGCAGGCCAACAACAUCAACAUGCUGAAGGACGGCAUGAAGAUCGAAGCAACGCACGUGAAGAAGAAGCAGCUGCAUCAGUACCUUCCUCCUGAACUGGUGCAGAAGAAGAAGAGGAGCAUUGCGGAGUUGAACCGGAGCUCCAACGGCGGGAACCCGAAGCGGAUGUCUCUGGACAACAGCCACCUGGACACGUCCAGAGACACGGACUCGGGGACGCCCUUCAGCUCGCCCACCAGCGAACCUUCCAAACCGGUGUCCGACAUGGACGACAGCAGCAGCAGCUGCAGUCCCUCCAAGCAGCUGUUUGGGGACAGCCCCCCCGCCCCGAGCGCCGCCGCCGCUAAAGAGCCGGGCAUGUCCAUCCCGGUCAUCGGCUCCAAGCCUGCGGUGAAAGCCAAGCCCCCCUCCCCUCCAGCCAGCAGCACGGCGCCCCCUAGCAGCAGCAGCAGCAGCAGCAGCGGGAAGCCCGGCGCCGCCAGCGGCAGCAGCAGCCAGGACGAGUCCAACGGCCUGGAGGACUCGGUCAACGGCGCCCCCGCCAAGCGGCCGCACUCCCCCACGCAGGAGGAGCAGGCCAAGAGGCACAAAGAGUCGGAGGCGGCGUCCAACGACGACGCGACGUUCAAAGAGCCGUACCCGCCGUCGGAGGCGACGCCCGGAGAAGGACGCAGCACCCCUCCUCUUUCUGAAUCCAAGGCGAAGCCCAUUCCAACCAUCGAUACCUCCAGAACACAGAGACUUCCCAGCAUGGAGCUGCCCGACGCCUCCUCGCCUCUCCCGGCCAGCAACAGCUGCCGCGUGGUGAAGAACUCCAUCAAGCUGGCGCUCAACCGCCACAACAUCACGCCUCCCAAGCCCCCGGUGUUCGAGAGCUCGCUCAACCCCGACGCUCCCUCUGCCAGCCAGGAGAAGGGCAUGUCCAUUCCCGUCAUCGGCUCCAAACACGUGACGUCCAAACACGCGGCGCCCCCCGUCGGCAGCUCCAUCCCCACCCUGGUGAGCCGAGGGGCCGACCCGCUGAACGGCGCGGCGUCCAAGAGGCCGCACUCGCCCUCGCUGGACGAGCAGGCCAAGCGGCUGAAGGAGACGGAGAAGGCCAGGAUCCACAUAGCCUGAGCAGCCCGGCCUGCUGGAACGACGGGAAGUACACACACACACACACACUCUCACUCACGCUGAGGUGAGCUUUAAAGCCGAGACUUCACACGGGGGAAGGGGAGGGGCGGCGGCGUGCAGCGCCGAGCGGCCGGACGAGACGCCCCCCCCCCCCCCCUCAGAUCCCUCAGAGAUUCCAGCGCUGCCAGCGGACGGAGGGAGUCGCUCCGAGUCCCGCCGUCGCGGACAUGACACCAGAACGAAAACAGUUUUUUUGGGGAGUUUCUUUUUUUUUUUUUACUGAAUUCUUCUCCUCCUCUCCCUCAGUUCAGAUGGAAAAUGUCUUCUGUUCAUUCGCGCUUUCUUUCCAAUUGAAAUGUUUUAAGAAAAAAAAAAAAAAAAAAGAAUCCCCAGAAACUUUUGACACCUGCUACACACACUUCUGGUGUUCUGGUGUACGCAGUUUUUGUAGUUGCUUUCAUUUGAUUUUCUUUCUUUCUUUCUUUUUUUUUUUUUUUUUUUUUUCCCUCAAACAGGAAAAAAAAGUAUCUGUACAGUAAACGCGCUGAUGUACAUAAUUUUUUGUCUUUAAAAAGAAAAGCAAAAAAAAAAAAAACAGCAAAAGAUUCUUGUUCAAAAAUCUUUUGACCCUUCUAUUGUAGUUUUAUCUAAAAAGAAAAAAAAAGUUUAAAAAAUUGUAAAUUUCUUUUGUUUUUGUUUUUUUUUUUCCUCUGCUGAUUGUCCAAAACAAACUGUACAGUUCUGGGUAGAUUUGGUAGACGCUGUGUGUUUUGGGUUCUGUUGGCGGUUUGCUCGAAUGUGACGGAAACGGCGUCCGCAACGGUGCUCACCCCAAGACUUUCUCCCAGUUCGGCGGGACAGAUGAGAUUUUUACCUCUCGGGCGGAUUGGCGCAGAGCUGCACGGCGUCGAGACUCGAUGCGCGAAGUGGGGGGAGGGAGGGAGGGGGGGUUCGGCAAACGCCAGAUGGUUUGGAGAGUUCCAGAAAUGUCUAAAUGUCCGUUUCGUGUUCGUACGUGUGAGCGACAGAUCGUCUUGACAAGCUAGCAUUCACCUCCGGUUCCCACCCCCCGAAACACACACACACACACACACACACACACACACACACACCCACACACCCCCGGCCGACGCCGCUCGAUGGGGAUCCAGUCAUGGACCGGAUCCCCUUCGCCGUGGCCGCCCGGCCCUGUGCCUCCUGUGGAGGCUCUUUAAGGCUCCUGCUGGUGUUUAGUUCGGGGGGGCGGAGUUUCUCCUUCAUCUAGUUUCCUCGACCCGCAUCUCAGAACAUCAGUCCCCCCAACUCGAUGUACAAAGGACAGUUUUUCUUUUUUUUCUUUCUUUUUUUUUUUUUUUUUGUUCUUCAUUAUGGGGGUUUUCUUAUCACUUUAUUUAUAUUUGCAUAUUUGUACCAUGUGAUGAUUUUUUUUUUUUUUUUUUUAAUAGCAUCCAUAGCAGGUAGGUCUUUUUCAAAUCUGCACCACUCUUGUUUCAGACGACUCAUCAGAAACAUUUAACGAAACUGGUCAUUUAGAUGUUUGUUUCUAAAUUGUAUUAAAAGGGUAUUUUUGUAUGUGUUUAUCACUUCCUUUAAUUGAAUCUGUACACCCAUUAAACCCCUUACAAAAAAAAAG